AUGCAAAACAUCAAAAAGAGUAAAUAUCGAUUGAAAGAUGUUAUUGAAGGUAAGACUAUCAAUGAUGAAAAAUCUGCUUAAAAAUUUGUUCAACUAUCUCAUAUUAAAAAAAAUGUUUCAGAAUUUAACGAAUUGAAAUCAACACUUCAAGAUCGUAAAGUCACAUUUGCUAAAUUUGCAUUUAGAUAAUAAGAAUUGAUCGAUGACAAGAAGACUUGGCCCUGUCUUAAAAGGAAUAUGUACAAGAACAAGAAUAGGUUCUAUGUAAAUAACCGAGUUAAUACCAAAGUUCGAUCUUUAUAAAUAUCUCAAAUAAUCUCAGUAAUUAUAUUAACUUAAAAAAGUUUAGAACCUUCCAAAAGAGUUCUUAGAAGGUAUGCUCAUUGGGAAUGGGAUUAAGAACAAGAUGAUAAAAAAGAAGUCCCUCCUUCUUACAAGUUUACAUCAAAAACUGAAUUUGAGUAUAAGAAGAAAUUAGAAACUAAAGAUGCUGAAAAGAAACUACGAAAAGAUAUCAUUAAGAAAUGGGCUUCAAGUCUACCAGAUGUUGCAGGAUUGACCGCAUUUGGUAAAUAAUUUACUAUGCAAUCAUCUCCUUUAAGGAGCACAAAAACUACUCUAUCUAAAACUCAUACUCAUUUCAGUUCAAAUCCAAGGAGUGAAUCGCUAUUGUUUGUAUCUGGUCUGAUUCAUGAACUAGAUGAAAUAAAAUAAGACAAUUCCAAAAUAAGAAAAAAACUAAGAGGAACACAGACAAACUUAUAAAAGAUAAUUGAAAAGUAGUAACAAUAAAAAGUAGCUUUUAUGGAAAUUAAUGGACAAUGA